AUCUCUCUCUCUAUCUAACGAAACCAAUUGUUACAGUUGACAAGUAAAUAUCUCUCUCUACCAAUUAAAGCUUCUUCUCUCUUUCCAAGACAUCUCCAUUAGACCCGCUCCGUGCCCAAAUCUUCUCUCAUUAGGGUUACUGAUCCAUUCAACAACAAACCCACAUCACCUGCGUCCCUUGUCUCUCUUUCUCUACGCUAUGACCUCAAAAAACAACGGCUUGUCAGCGGCGCUUGUCUCGAAUCUCCAGGACGUGCUUUCCAAGAGAAAAGGAGUAGUGGACGAUGGAUCGGCGGAGGAGCCUCCUUCUACUUCCGAUGUUACGGCCAAGGAGGAGGAGGAUAAAGAGAGUGAUGAUGACUCCAGACCCAUCGUUUUAGUCACGAAUGGAGAUGGGAUUGAUUCGCCAGGUCUCGUCUCUCUCGUUGAGGCUUUGGUUCGUGAAGGGCUCUACAAUGUCCAUGUCUGUGCUCCUCAAACGGAUAAGUCGGCUUCUUCUCACUCUAUGACUCCUGGAGAAACCAUUUCUGCAAGUUCCGUUGACAUCAAAGGUGCCACAGCCUUUGAAGUUUCAGGGACUCCUGUGGAUUGCAUCUCAUUAGGAUUAUCCGGAGCCCUUUUCGCUUGGUCAAAGCCAAUACUGGUAAUUAGUGGAAUCAAUCAGGGAUCUAGCUGUGGUCAUCAAAUAUUCUAUUCCGGUGCAGUAGCUGCAGCUAGGGAAGCCUUGAUUUCUGGAGUACCCUCUUUGUCAAUAUCAUUGAAUUGGAAGAAAGACGAAAGCCAAGAAAGUGACUUUAAGGAUGCUGUUGGUGUCUGUUUACCUUUGAUUAACGCAACAAUCAGAGACAUUGAGAAAGGAGUUUUCCCUAAGGAUUGCUCUCUCAACAUAGAAAUUCCAACAUCACCCUCAUCAAACAAGGGUUUUAAGGUAACAAAACAAAGCAUGUGGAGGCAGAGCCCUAGCUGGCAAGCUGUUUCAGCUAACCGUCACCCCGGUGCUGGGAAUUUCAUGUCCAACCAGCAAAGCCUAGGAGCCCAACUUGCCCAGCUUGGUAGAGAUGCUUCAGCUGCUGGGGCUGCUCGCCGCUUUACCACACAGAAGAAGAGUAUUGUGGAGAUUGAGUCGGUUGGCGUUGCUGGUAAAACUGAGAGCCGUGUUAAGAAAUACUUCCGCCUAGAGUUUGUGGCCAAAGAACAAGAACAUACGGAUGAAGAUUUGGAUAUCAAGGCUCUAGAAGAUGGUUUUGUUUCUGUGACUCCACUGUCUCUACUUCCAAAAAUAGAUCCAGAAACUCAAGCCGUGGCGUCAGAAUGCGUCUACAAAUACCUCAACGCUGAUCAAUGAAAAAGGGUGAUGUGGCCAAAACACUGCCAACACAUCUGGUAACUCGAUUCUGCGUUUGUUUGUUCGUGCUGUCUUUGUUGUCAUUUUAAUCCUUUUAGUUUAUUUGAUCCCCCUAGAACUAGAACUAGAAGUCUGGUGGGGUUGUUUUUGCUGGCUCGUUUGUUUGUUUGUUUGUUUGUCAGUAGCUGUUUGGGAACGCUUACUUUUGUAAUUGGCAAAAAGUGUUGGUCUGGUUUUAAUGUGAAAUGGUUGGCUAUAGA